AUGCAACGCCACGCCUUCCGUUCGGUGUGCAGCCGGACAAGGCCAGAGCUCGAGCAGGUCUCGGAUGCUUUUCGAAACUACGCCCGCCAGUUCUCGACAACGCAGUUCCUGGCUGCCGAUGGCCCAAGCCCCAGCACUCCGAGGGCACCUCGAAGCCCGGCUAGUGGUCCCAAGGUUAUCGAUAUAAAGAGCAUGCCCCUGCGCGGACGUGGGGGUUUCAGAGGGCGCGGUGAAGCUCGUGGAAGAGGAGGUCUUAUGUUCAGAGGUCGAGGUGGACUUGCCAGGGGCGGAUCAUCAGUUCAGGAUCGAUCCGCCACACCUGUUCGAACCUCUUCACCGACAAGAGGCCGCGGUGGUUUCGGUGCGAGCAGAGGACGAGGCGGUCGCGGAGGCCGUGCUCGUGGCCGAGGUGGAAGAACCAACGGUCGACGACCAAUGGACGAAGAGGACAAGGAUAAGAAGAAGAUCGACCGAAACGAGUUUAACACAUUGGAUCCCGAUGAGAAGUCCUUUGACGACAAUAUUCGAUUCGGCAUCACCUCUCAAUACACACCAUCUCUCACACUCGAAUCUAUCAACGAAUUUGCGCCCGUCGCACCAAAUUCCACCUCUGGAAAAUCGGCUGCAGUUCUCCAGAACCUUAGUGUCCUCGGCACAGCGGAUCAUGUCGGCGCACCAGACACCUUCCAGCCCAAAUAUUACGCGUCUGAGAUUGAGGCCAAUGGUAUUCGCUUCUUUGCCGACCCGAAAGAUAAGGAGGCUACCGAAAAGUACCUCCAGGAGAAGCUCAAGGCUGAAGGCAAAGAAUCCACAGGCCCCAUCAUCACAGACACCGAAGAGGCUAUUCGUCAGGUCAUCACAAAGCGUGCUAUUCAAGGCCAGCAUGAGACACCCAAGUUCGCUUCAGACCCUGUUGGUCUCUCUCGCUCAUGGCAUCUCAGGGCCGAAACUUACUCUACCAACGAUGUCAACUCCUUUGAGACCAAGUUGACGUCGCUGCUGGCUAAGAAGCCUGUUGCUGGAAAGGGUGCCAAGGCGCGUGCUUGA